GCGCCCAAGAUGGCGGCGGGCUGCGGGCAGUAGCGCGGGUAGAGAGGCAGUGUUGUUAGCGUUGGGCUCGGGCGGUGCGUUCCGCCACGACACCCCUUCCUCAGCAUGAGCAACAUCUACAUCCAGGAGCCCCCCACCAACGGCAAGGUCUUGCUGAGAACUACAGCAGGAGAUAUCGAUAUAGAAUUGUGGUCAAAAGAAGCACCAAAAGCAUGUCGAAAUUUUAUCCAGCUUUGUAUGGAAGAGUAUUACAAUAAUACAAUAUUUCACAGAGUUGUGCCAGGUUUUAUAGUGCAGGGAGGUGAUCCCACUGGUACUGGGUCAGGUGGAGAUUCAAUCUAUGGAGCUCCCUUCAAGGAUGAGUUCCAUUCACGAUUGCGAUUUAAUCGAAGAGGACUUGUUGCUAUGGCAAAUGCAGGACCCCAUGAUAAUGGCAGUCAGUUUUUUUUUACAUUGGGCCGUGCAGAUGAGCUUAAUAACAAGCACACGAUCUUUGGAAAGGUUACAGGAGAUACAAUAUAUAACAUGUUGCGGCUAGCUGAAGUGGAAGUUGACAAAGAAGAAAGACCACUCAGUCCGCAUAAGAUAAGAAGUAGUGAGGUUUUGUUUAAUCCAUUUGAUGAUAUUGUUCCAAGACCAAAUAGAAGGCUGAAGAAGGACAAACCAGAAGAAGAAGAUAAAAAGCCCAAAGUAAAAGGCACAAAAAAUUUUAAUCUGCUUUCAUUUGGGGAAGAAGCUGAAGAAGAAGAGGAGGAGGUCAACAGAGUUAGUCAGAGCAUGAAGGGAAAGAGUAAGAGUAGUCAUGAUCUACUGAAGGAUGAUCCACGUUUGAGCUCAGUUCCUGCUGUCAAAAGUGAUGCAACAAAUGAAGAGAGCUAUUUGAGUGAGGAGGAAGAUGAAAAUGAUGAAGAUGUUGACAGCGUAGAAGGUGAAGCUGCUAGCAAUGAGAGAUUUCAAAUGAAAGAACGCAUUGCAAAAAAGUUGAAAAUUGAUACAAGUGAAACUGUUAAACCUCCCCUUCAAGAGCAAGAGACUAAGAUGGAAAAGAAAACCACCAGUCGCAGGAAAGACAUUAAGACCUUGGAGCGUGUCCAGAGAAUGGCAACAAAGCUGGUGAGGUGUUUAAAGCAUGGGUUUUAUGAGGAGCAACUGAGAAAACUGGAAUUAGUUUGUGGAAGAGGAGUCUUAGGGGGGACCUUACAACUCACUACAACUAUCUGGAACUGUGGCGAAGUGGCAUUUGGCCACUUUUCUCAGGGAACUUGUGAUAGGAUGAGAAAUAAUGGCUUUAAGUUAUACCAGGUGAGGUUCAGGGUGGGUAUUAUGUAAAAUUUAUUUUCUGAAGAAGUGGUGAUGUAACAGGCUGCCCAGGAGAACAGGUGAGUCACCAUCCCAGGAGGUUCUCAGGAAAAAGGUAGAUGUUGCACUGAGGGACAUGGUCUAGAGUGAUCACAGGCAUGAGCUGAUGGUUGGA